CAUAACUCCACAUGGGGUAAAUCAUACAGACAGCGGUUGUCACGAUGGGCUGGAGCAAUGUAUAUAUAAAGGAUUGUUCAUAACACGACACUUUAGUUUGACCCUGCGUGCAAGCCUACAAACUGUUCAUUGGAAGGCUCCCAUCACAUCGUAACCGUUGAAGAUAAACAUGGCUGAAUCAAGAAAAUCCUGGCUUCAAUUUCUUAGUGUAAUUUUGGUUGUUCUUCUUCUACUAGAAGCAGCAGAGAGCAGGCCGCCCAAGAAAGGGAAGAAAAAGUCUCGCGCUAAGCAAUGUGGAAACGAAGGUCAUCUUUGCCAAUCAGGAUCAAGGAAGCUUUGCUGCAGCGCCGGUUUUACUUGUCACACACCUAUCUUCUCACGCAAUAAGACGAGAAAACUCAAGAGAAGAAAAAAGUUGGGAAUGUGCAAACCAAUUAAACCGCAAGAAAAAGAAAUCGACGAAUCCCAAAAGACACCAUCAUUUAGGUUUUCAACGACGAAACCAACGGUGUUCUUUCGGGCGGAAAAAAAAAACUCAAGUCCAUCUCGUGGACUUUAGACAGGAUACCCAAAUGAACACAACAUUGCCAAACCAGACCAUUACGUGGUUCUCCGCGAAGAAUAACUGGCACGAUCGACCUACAUUCUGACUUCGACUGGACAAUGCUUUCUAACUUAUUGAGACGGUGCUAUUGGCAUUAUUUAUGUUUAAAGAAUUAUUUAUAUACUUCAACAAGAAAAAUUACAACAGUAACAUAAAGGAUCAUAAACCAUUAGGUAUUUUCUAACACUAAAAAAUUUUCUAUUUAAAUUUAUUUGAUGACUUUUAAUAUACAAUUGACGUAAAGACUGAGGUAAUUUAGAAAACAAAGAAAAUACGUGGCUAAAAACUUUUUCGUGCAAGACUUUUUCCUUGUCCACACUUAUAGUGUUUUCUUUCAACCAUCCCAAUUCAUUUUGCCAGUCAUCGGUAUAUGGAGUGUUAUUGCCAUGGCUAGCAAGGAGAAGUAUCUGGUAUCGUACUGAAGAAUAGUUACAGUCUACAUGAUCAAAACAUGUUGAGUGCACUUCGCGAUAACAUGCGAGCUUUGGUGUUACAGAGACGUCAUUGAUUCGUUGCCUUCAGACAUCUUCCGCACCUCUCACGAAACACGUGAACGUAUGGUUCAAAAUGUCAUAUUCCUGAUCGUGAGCCGUGAUUGGAGGAUGCUGAGCGAUUAAGAUUGCUUCUGCUUAUAACUGUCCGCUGUGAAAAUGAUAGAAGGCAGCAUGAAACGAAAUAGCAAGUCCAAUUGACUCCAGAACCCCAGGGCUCGCAUGUUUUCGCAAAAAAAAAAAAAACUAACCAAAACAACAAAAAACAAACAAACAAAAAACUAUAUAUGCAGCUGUCACUCAU